AUGACAGACAGUGAAGAAUGUUCUUCGGUGGUGUGCUGUUUGUCGAUUUCCAACACUGUGAAAGUAGCGGGAACCUUUGUUGUCUCUGUGGGUCGGCCUCAGCAGGUUCUACCUGUUGAGGAGUCGCCACUUCAGAGGAAAGCGUCAGUUGGAAAAUUCAAAUCUUCAAAUAUCAAAUAUUUGUCGGACGAGACGGAAAGAUUACUACAAAUGAAGGUCAAGGUGUCCGAGAAAGCUUUUAAAAUGUCUGAAAUCAUGGAUAGUGAGAUCGACUUUGGCGACCUGAGCACUGACCAGAUGGCAGACUUCGGCACUGAUUCGGACGCCACCAUCGAACAAUCCGACAACGAAUUCUUCAAGCCGAAAAGAUCGCGGCUGAAUAGCACCCUUAAACGAAAGACGUUGGAAGCACUUAACGAGUCGGCCAUGCAUGAUGCGAACUAUCAGGCCCCUGUAUUUAGAAUCAAGAAACAGAGAGUCAAAUGCGCAGAAGGUCAUCCUCUCAUGGUGAAAGCGUUCAUUUCGGCCCAUCCAGAGCCUUUAAUAUCUGCGUACCACAACAACGAUCUGAUUCUCGAUGUCGAAUCUCUGGUGAAGGAAGGGAGGAGUCUCUACAGUUUCACAUUUUCUGUAGAUUCGGCGCAUGCAGAAAACGGUGGAAAACUCACAAUAAAGGCUGAGAACCAACUAGGAAGUGACGAAUUCGUCGCGUAUAUUGAGGUUCUAGAGCAAACGAAACAAAGAUAUUCGAAAUACGAUCCCAGCACAUUUGACCGUGAAUUCGAAGCUGCCGAGAUAACCAGCUCAGUCGCGGAUGUCUCUGUUAACAGAGGAGAGACAGCACGACUACACGGCAAGAUGUGUGGCUACCCGAUUCCGGAGAUGAUAUGGUUGAAAAAUGGAGCAGAAUUUGAUCCCUUGCUCCACCCAGAUAAGUACUGUAUUGGUGUUCAACCAGAUGGAACUUUCACCAUGGAAAUCGCGGACUGCACUCCCGACGACGACGACGUCUAUGCUCUGCUGGUGGAGAACAUGGCCGGCAUUGACAGCUGCGAUUUCCAAGUUUUCGUGAGCAGAUCA